AUGUCGUUUACAGUUUCACCAGUUCUAGGUGAUCGGAAGAGCUUUGCUGACCGAGGCCGACAAGCACCAUACCAAAUGAAGCUAUGGGCGACCAAUGAGGUCCGAGCCAAGUCGAAAUUCUGCUACUGGUAUGAUCCCUUUGGCCUCAGCAAGAAACCUGAAGACAUUGCCAAAUAUCAAUCGUAUGAGCUCAUCCAAGCUAUAUGGUUCAAGACUGGUCCCUUUCUUCUUGAAGGAUGUCCAAGAAGAUCGUGGGAUGCUGCAACAGGAAGGGAAGCGGCUGCAGUUUUUCUUGAUGAAGAUGGAUGA